GCGGGGCUUGCGUCACAUCCGGCGCCGGGGAGCCCGAUUCCGGAAGGGGCUGCACGGUUGUGGCGGCGGGUUCUGCGCUGGAGAUUAGUGUUUCUUGGCUGCUGCUGGUGGGACUCACGGCCCCAUCAUGGUGGAGGAAGUACAAAAACAUUCUGUGCACACACUUGUGUUCAGGUCAUUGAAGAGGACCCAUGACAUGUUUGUAGCUGAUAAUGGAAAACCUGUGCCUUUGGAUGAAGAGAGUCAUAAACGAAAAAUGGCAAUCAAGCUUCGUAAUGAGUAUGGCCCUGUGUUGCAUAUGCCCACUUCAAAAGAAAAUCUUAAAGAGAAGUGUCCUCAGAAUGCAGCAGAUUCCUAUGGUCAUAAACAGUAUCCUGCAAAUCAGGGACAAGAAGUUGAAUAUUUGGUUACAGGUACACAUCCAUAUCCACCAGGACCUGGGGUUGCUUUGACAGCAGAUACUAAGAUCCAGAGAAUGCCAAGUGAAUCAGCUGCACAGUCCUUGGCAGUGGCAUUACCUUCUCAGGCUAGGGUUGAUGCAAAUCGUACUGCACCUGGUGGAAGUGAAUACCGACAUCCUGGGGCUUCUGACCGUUCACAGCCUACAGUGGUUAAUUCAAUUGUUAUGGAGACUGGCAAUACUAAGAACUCUGCACUGAUGGCUAAAAAAGCCCCCACAAUGCCGAAACCCCAGUGGCAUCCACCAUGGAAACUCUACAGGGUUAUCAGUGGGCAUCUUGGCUGGGUUCGAUGUAUUGCUGUGGAACCUGGAAAUCAGUGGUUUGUUACUGGAUCAGCUGACAGAACUAUAAAGAUCUGGGACUUAGCUAGUGGCAAAUUAAAGCUGUCUCUGACUGGGCAUAUUAGUACUGUGCGGGGCGUGAUAGUGAGCACAAGGAGCCCAUACCUGUUCUCUUGUGGAGAAGACAAACAAGUGAAGUGCUGGGAUCUUGAAUAUAAUAAGGUGAUAAGGCACUAUCAUGGCCAUUUAAGUGCAGUGUAUGGCUUGGAUUUGCACCCAACAAUCGAUGUGCUGGUAACCUGCAGUCGGGAUUCAACUGCACGGAUUUGGGAUGUGAGAACUAAAGCCAGUGUACACACAUUAUCAGGACAUACAAAUGCAGUUGCUACAGUGAGGUGUCAAGCUGCAGAACCACAAAUUAUUACAGGAAGCCAUGACACUACAAUACGAUUGUGGGAUCUGGUGGCUGGAAAAACAAGAGUAACAUUAACAAAUCACAAAAAAUCAGUUAGGGCUGUGGUUUUACAUCCCAGACAUUACACAUUUGCAUCAGGUUCUCCAGAUAACAUAAAGCAGUGGAAAUUCCCUGAUGGAAGUUUCAUUCAAAACCUUUCCGGUCAUAAUGCUAUUAUUAACACAUUGACAGUGAAUUCUGAUGGAGUACUUGUAUCUGGAGCUGACAAUGGCACUAUGCAUCUUUGGGACUGGAGAACUGGCUACAAUUUUCAGAGAGUUCAUGCAGCUGUGCAACCUGGAUCUUUGGACAGUGAAUCAGGAAUAUUUGCUUGUGCUUUUGAUCAGUCCGAAAGUCGAUUACUAACAGCUGAAGCCGAUAAAACCAUUAAAGUGUACAGAGAGGAUGACACAGCGACAGAAGAAACUCAUCCAGUCAGCUGGAAACCAGAAAUUAUCAAGAGAAAGAGAUUUUAAUGAAUGUGGCAUUGUCCUCUCUCUCUUUUUUUCUCUCUUUCUUUCUCUCUUUUAAGCUUGGCAUUGAUGAGGACAUUUGGUCAUUUUGUGCUCUGGCUGGGAAUAUAAAGCAGAAGAAACACACUUGCUUGAAUCAUUGCUGCUUCGAGUUUUACAAUAAACUGUCCCCUGCCCCCACUCCCCGUGUUUUUAUUUCUGAAAUAAACAGAUUUGUGAUACUAGGAAGUAAGAUGAAGAUAUCAGGUAAAUGCAGGUUUAUUGAACAUAACUAUUCUAGAGGUAGAAUACUUUGGCAGUUUUAUUAGAAGACCCCUUUUUAAAAAAAUAUACAAAACUGGUUAUCAUAGGACACGUUUUGAGGGGAACAGUAGUUUUGGUUUUUUUCUUAAUCCUUUAAAAAUAUCUGUGACUGAGAUUCAAAGAUUAGAAGUUUUAAUUUAACUUACAUAUGUAUUUUCCAAAAACAGUUUUUGAGUGUAUGUUCUGCUAAGUUCUGUACUAGAAACUGCUCAGGAAAUAAGAUGUGUCUGUCCUCCAGAUUGGUAGCUCGUUAUAGAAGUGCUAUAUGACAGGUGUAGGUGAAAUGCUAGGCAAACACGAGUGUUAAGACCAUUCAUUGUUCUCAGGAAGGAAUGAGGAAGGCUUCAUAGAGUAGAUGGGAUUUGAGCUGAAAGAGGACAAGGAAGGAAAAGGGUAUUCUAAGAAGAGGCAUAAAGAGACUAAACCAGACACAGGAUUGUGUGUGGUGUGUCCUAGGACAAAGAAUUGUUGACUGCAGGUGAAUAGUGAGGAGUAAAGCUGGCUUGUGGUGGGAAGGACUCAUGUUUUAAGUUUGGAUUUUAUUUCCCAAGCAGAAUACCAAUACUGGUAUUGACACUUGGGGAAAAUAACUAUGUAUACCAGCAGGGCUAUUUAAAACUAUAGCAAGGGCUGCAAUCCUGUGGAAACUUCACAGAAAAGUGUUAAAGUUGCCUCCUCCUUUUGGCAAAUAUGGGUUUUAAGCCCUUGGGAUCCUGAUUCCCCACCAGUCAAGAAGAUUUGUCAAACUUCACCUUCUAUAAUUUUAAUUAGAAAACAGUUAUAAGAACUUUCUAAAAUUUUCCAAAUUAAGAAAUUGUAUCAUGAUUUUUGAACAAGCAUUUCCAGUUACACUUGCCCCGUCUUGCAUGCUGUAAGUGGGAGUAUAAUUGCUGCAGCCUUUAGGAGUGUAGUUUGCUGGGAUUUAUUAAAAAUGUUUGAACCCUUAGGCCUAGUAACUUCAUUUCUAGGAAACUGCCUAAUAGGAAUAAUCUUGAUGAGUGUGCACAAUCAAAUUCAUUGCACCUUUAUUCUGUAAUAAUUAAAACUUGCCCAAGUGGUCUAUCAAUAAGGGACUAUUUUAAAAGAUUAUGAUAUCAUAAUGCAUUUUAUUUCUGUAUUCAUGAAAAGAGUGAGGAAUGUCCAGAUUAUUAGGGCAAGAUGUCCAAACUUUACUGGUAUGUUAAAAAAAAAUGCAAAAAUUUUUGUAGAAUAACUUGAUGCCCUAAAAAAUAAUAGAGAAGUAACACCACUUUGACCACUUUGUUAGCAGUGGCUUUGUAAAGAAGCGGGAUUAUGGGAGAAUUUUCAUGGUCUGCUUUAGUAUUUCUAUAAUGUUUUAAUUUUCUAUGAGCAUGUAUUUUGUAAACUUAAAUAAAGAAAAA